AAUCGCAUCUUUUUAUUUUGUAAUUAAAUUGGUGUAAAUCAUAAAAAUAUAUAUCCGUGAAUUUAUACGAAAUAACGUAAUAAUUCUCUGAUUAGAACUUAUAAGAGAUUUAGCGCCGAAUAAAAUAUAAACAAUUGAUUGUGGUUAUGAAAAUCAUUGGUGAAAAAUAGCAACAUGUAUAUCUAGCUAAAUGAAAAUGAUGAAAUUACAAUCACAGAAAUGUUCUCUAAACAUGAUUUUAUGAUAAGGAUGAUAAAAUACUGCAUUAUAUAUAAGAAAUUUAUCUUAGAUUUGAGAAAUUUCUGCAGUAUUAUAUGAGAAUAAAAUCAACAUUGACAAUAUGAGGAAAUAUUAUCAGGCUGCCCUAGCUGUGACAGCGAUAAUAAGUCUUAUAUCCCUGCUCAUCUACAGACAUGAAUAUAACAGAUUAAGGUAUGUCUUAGAAGUUUUCAAUUACUUUGGUAAGCCUGGGCCAAAAAGAGAUGCAAAUUGUACGAGUUUUAAUCCGAUAUUUACCACAUUCGAUGCAAAAUUUGACGAACCAAUUCCCUCUUGGCAACGCUUGGAGGAUGAUCUAUACAUAUAUUCUGCAUACAGUAUUAACAAUAAAGAGAUAGCAGCUAUUGGUCUCGGUACUAUAAACAGUGUUUCAAACAUACAAUGUCUCGUCUUCUUCGAGAAUGAGAGUAAACCUAUAUUGGGAAGUUUUAAAUUUAUCCCCAUUGGUAAUGCAAUUGCUGUGACCCUAGAAAAUUCAAAAUACGGAGGGUAUCAUUUUGUUUGCAUGUAUACUAGUAAUGAGACUCCUACUGGAAUAACAUUUGUUACAAAGUCUAACAAGUAUCUCAAUUAUGCACCUAUCUUUCCUAUAAAAGUGCAACUAAGGAGCUUGAGCCAUAGUAGAAUAGGAGUGUGCGUGAUGCAAUCAUUGAUGAAACCAAUGCAGUCAGCAGAUAUGAUAAGUUUCAUUAGCUACCAUGCAUUGAUUGGAAUGGAUAAUUUUAUCAUUUAUGAUUCUGGAAUUUCAAAUGAAUUUAAUAGUAAGUUAAAAGAAAUGGCUAAUGAUUUGACUUCCUUUUGGAAGUUUACAUAUACCGUGAUACCAUGGAAUUUUCCUCUUGCGGAGAUCGAUCAAAAUACCAUAAGAGAGAUUCUCGAGACAGAUUGUUUAUAUCGUACAUACAACAAUGUUGCUUAUGCUAUUACUCUUUCAUGGAACGAAUUUGUAGUUUUGAAAUAUCAUCACGCAAUGAUCGAUCUGAUGGCAGAUUUCAAACGGACCAAGAUGAUAGCCGACCGUUAUAAGCUAAAAACUGCAACUUUUUGCACGCAACAAGCUGACAAUAAACAAUACGCCAAUUCUACAUUGAUAGUGUUAAAGAAGAUGAAAUCCGAUAUGAACAUUUUAGAAGAUCAUUCUAUUUACAUACACAAGCCACAUGUAACAUUGCAAGAUACCCAUAUAUAUACCAAGGAAAUAGGAAAGGAUCUGGUUGCUGUAAAUCAAUAUAAAUAUUGCGAUAAUUAUAAAGACAGUCGAGAAGUAGAAGACUUUACGAUUUUAAGAUUCGCCCAAGAAAUGCAAAACUCAUCAAUUCUUAGGAAAUAUCUCGAACUUUAUAGUGUGCUCAAUACAAAGUGAUACAAAUUUUGGCACAAUUGAUAUAUUAAUUUAAUAUUAUUAAUAUUUGCACAAUCUUGGAUGUUUUCCAUUUGCAUACUACUUAAUUCAUAUAUAUAUAUAUAUAUAUAUAU